AACCCAUAUACAAUAACCAAAUAGAAUUUCGACAACAAGAACAUAAACAAGAAAAUAUUAUCGACACUCAAAAUGAGAGAAAAGAAUAUCCGUGCGUUAGUUUAGCAGAACUAUGAAUAUCGAAGAAAUACUAAAUGGUCAAACUGACAUCGAGAGAUAACGCCAUAAGAAUAUCCUUGCGUUUUCGACUUUAAGACUUCUUUGUCAUCAAAUUUGUAGUGAUUUUCGUUUUGUGGAAAACGAUAGUCUUACAAGUUACAACUAAAAUAAAGUUUAUCUGAAAAGAAUUUUCCAUUGUAGUGGGAGGUACCGCACAUCUACAUUAAUAACUUUGGUUCACAUAUACUUCCGCUCUGCAUGCCACUAAUUGAUACAUCACGAUUCACAACUAGUCCAAGACUAUUUUAAACAUUUAUAGUUGGAUAUUCGGUGUUUGCAUAAUUAAUUCUUCAAUUAAAAACAGUUAAGUUUUCGCCAAAAGAUUAAUAAAUUAAAAUAUUAAUUAGAGAAUAAAUAGCUUUUAAAACAAAAGGUUAACUUUUCUUUGAUAUUUCUAGAAAGCCACUCAAUCUUUUUAUCAUGGUUGAUUAAGUCCACUUUUGGUAAUUAUUUUCAAAAUUUGGGACUUUUUUAUAAUGAUAUACUUCUUUCUCUUAAUUUACAUUCAUGUUUUUCAAUUCAACGACGAUUAUGUUGAAUUGUAAUAAGAAAAAUAGACGUAAACUUAUCAAGAGUGAAGAGAUACAGCUUUACCCUAUUAGUAAAACUUUAUUAAGACUACUCUAAUCAAAGCUGUAGAAAUACCAUUUAUCAAUCGAAAUUAAGUGCUUAAAAAUGAAUUCCAAAUUUGGAAUUAUUUGAUUUGAUUACGGUUUAGGCACGAAACUGUCAAAGCCAAUGUAUAUGUGCGGUCCAUAAUCAUUUGGUACACCAUUCUUAACAUUUAUACCAAAACAAAAACAAAAACACAUAAUUUAGUACACCAUUAAUUGGUUUCAAAAUCUAGCGUUCCGAUCUUAAGAUAUUAGUAUGCGAUACGACUGAAAUGAUACAAAAAAAAAAUCUCAUCAAAAAUUUGAUCGUAACGUAUGCCAUUUCGUGUUAAAUAUUCCACUGAUAAGCGUGACAGAUAAAUAAAUGUAAAAGUAAUAACAAUCGAGUUUCAGGUAUCAUUUUCCUACAAACCUAAUUCGCAGAUUCUCAAAGUAAAGUAUUAGUAAUUUUUCACCUUUUUCUAGCUAUAGUGGUCUCGACCACAACGUUUCAGAUAUAGAAAGAAAUAUGAACUUGUUGACCAAAAACACAUCACCGAAAAUUUCCCGGUAUGAUUUCAGACCGGUCAAAUAAAAAUAAAUCUGUUAUUUAAUUAAUAUUUUGGUGCUAUUUUUCCAGUACAGAAGAAAAAUCAUGCUAAACAAUAAGAUAUAUGAGAAAGGAGCAUAUUCAAAUCUGUUAAGAGGAUUGAUCAGGUCAUAGUAUUUUGCACUUGAGCAUGUCUUUGUGUAAUAUAUAAAUUAGACGUAAGCAGAGUGAGAGAGCGUGCAGACACGACAAACACAAAAGGCCUCCCCACGUUCCGGUCGGUUGGUGACAACGACUGUUUCGUUUCUGAUUCAAAUCUCUUUUAAGUUUUCACCAGACUACUCCUUCUCUUCACUCGACUUGUUUUUUUUUCCGAUCAACAUCUUCUUUUCUCUACUUUUUCGUUUUAGCCGAUAUGAGAAAACUUUGUCCCAACUACAACCUCGAAGACGGGUUAGAGACCGUUCUCGAGGUUCCUAUGCCCGAGGAGUUGUUCUCUGCGUCCAAGACCAAACCGGGAUGGAACCAAAUGAAGUCUUUCUGGUCAAAACCCACGGCGACCGCAACGGCCACAAACAUGACAAGACUCUUUGGUGGUCGUAACGCCGAGAUCCAGCUCCUCCUUGGAGUCGUUGGAGCUCCUUUGAUCCCUCUCCCUGUUCAGCCUGACCACCACAACGAUUAUGAAAACCCUAUUCAUAAAGACAUCAAAGACCAACCUCUGGAGAUGUCGAUGGCGCAGUACAUAGUAAAACAGUACAUAGCAGCGGUAGGAGGAGAACGGGCGUUAAACGCGAUAGAGAGCAUGUACGCGAUGGGGAAAGUGAGGAUGACGGCGUCAGAGUUCUGCACAGGAGAAGGAAGCUUGAACAGCAAAAUGGUUAAGGCAAGGAGUAUCAGGAGUGGUGGAGGAGAAGUAGGAGGUUUUGUGCUGUGGCAAAAGGGUAUAGAGCUAUGGUGUCUUGAGCUAGUCGUCUCCGGCUGCAAAAUCAGUGCCGGUAGUGACGCCAAAGUUGCUUGGAGACAAACUCCAUGGCAUCCUUCUCAUGCCUCUCGUGGUCCUCCUAGACCAUUGCGCCGUUUCCUCCAGGGUCUUGACCCAAAGUCAACGGCAAACCUAUUCGCAAGAUCUUCAUGCAUGGGAGAGAAGAAAAUAAACGACGAAGACUGUUUCAUACUCAAGCUCGAAGCCGAGCCAUCAACUCUCAAGGCGAGAAGCAGCAGCAACGUAGAGAUCAUACGCCACACCGUGUGGGGAUGUUUCAGCCAGAGAACAGGUCUUCUAAUCCAGCUCGAAGACUCUCACCUCCUGAGAAUCAAAGCACAAGACGACAACAGCAUCUUCUGGGAGACGACGAUGGAAUCUCUGAUCCAAGACUACAGGAUCAUCGACGGCGUUCAGGUGGCACACGCUGGUAAAAGCUCGGUUUCUUUGUUUAGGUUUGGCGAGAACUCGGAUAACCACUCGAGGACGAGGAUGGAAGAGACUUGGGAGAUUGAAGAAAUGGAUUUUAACAUCAAGGGUUUGUGCAUGGAUUGUUUCUUGCCUCCUUCUGAUCUCAAGAAGGAUGAUGAUGAGGAGGAAGAAGAGGAAGAGGAAGUGGAAGUGGAGUGUGGGUUAGCUGCGAAUAACGAGAAGCUGCCUAUGAAGAUUAGAAGCGCUUCUUUGAGGAUUAGUUCGUCUAAGGUUCUAGCCAUUGUGGAAGAAGAGGAUGAAUCAGAUGUCACUGAAGAGAUGGAGGAGACGUAAAUGCAUGGGCUGAGUUUGGUUUUUUUUUUGUUGUACAUAAUAAUAUAAAUCUAUUGCAACAUGGAACAUAUGCAUCUGAAACAGAGGAGCAUUUUUUUUCUUUAUAUAUAUUUUGGUUUCUUGA